CUGGAUACCGGCAUCAUUGGCCCCGUAACCGUGAUGGAGCAUUUUCUCGAAACAUUUGAUGAGAUAUCAUGAUCUGUCCAUGGAUUGGUCGUGUCGUCUAUCCUCCUAUCAGCAACCCUGGCCGCACUGUUCUCAGGCACCAUGUCUGACAGCCUAGGACGAACGCGGACGCUUGCCAUAGGAGCUUUGGUUUUUGCAUUGGGCGCUGCAAUUGAAGCUUCUGCUAGUCAGCUAUCUGUUUUGAUCAUAGACCGACUUAUAGUUGGAGCAGGAGAAGGACUGUUCCUCAGUACAUUGGUAGUCUACAUUUGUGAGAUUUCGCCUGCCAAGUAUCGUGGGCCACUAGCAUCGAUGGUUCAGUUAUUUAUUACUAUCGGACUUAUGGUAGGCUAUUUCUUGUGCUAUGGGACUACUAAGACUCCCAGCAGCUUUUCAUGGCGGUUCCCUUUCGCCUUCCAAGCAGGUCUGUCGUUCCUCCUGGCAGUCGCAGCAUUUUUCUACCUCCCAGAAUCUCCUAGAUGGCUAGCCCAUAAAGGCAAGUUGUCGCAAGCAGCGUCAGCUUGGGUCGCAUUAGAAGUUGCUAGCGCUGACCAAGGAGAUGAUGUACUGGAUGAAUUGCACCACAGAGAAAGACCACAGCCGAAUCCGCCCACGGGUACAACCCAGAGAAUCCGAAAUUACUUCCAAGGGGUGAUAUUAAACCUACGACGUGUCAUCGCACCCUCCUCUAGGAAGCAAGUAUUUCUCGCGGUAUUCCUAAUGUCAAUGCAGCAGCUGAGUGGAAUUGAUGCUGUUCUCUAUUAUGCGCCUCUUCUUUUUCAGCAAGCUGGGCUCUCGUCUUCGCAGGCCUCAUUCUUUGCGUCAGGAGUGUCCGCUAUACUAAUCUGUUUGACUUCAAUCCCGGCCCUUCUUAUGACCGACAAGAUUGGCCGGCGAGCAUCAACGCUGUAUGGAAGAUUGCUGCUAGCCGUAAUACUGACUAUUAUUGGCUCUCUAUAUGCCUCAAAGGCCGUUCAUCAGUCUUCGGGGCCCGGUCCUUGGGUGGUUAUUGUCUGCAUCUACCUGUUUUCAAUCACAUACUGCAUUACUUGGGCAUUUGGAAUCAAAGUCUUCGCUAGUGAGAUACAGCCGGCACCCACAAGAGCGACAGUGACUAGCAUUGCGCAAAGUGCAAAUUUUGUAUAUUACAAACUUUGCCGUGGCCUUGAUCACCCGAUUUUGCUGCAAAAGUCGUCGUUUGCAAUCUAUUUCCUUUUUUGUGGGUGCAUCAUAGUCACUAUUGCAGUUGGUGCGUUAUUUAUGCCAGAAACAAAAGGCCGGCCACUCGAAAAUAUCGGGGAUUCAUUUGCUCAGAACCAUCAGAAUAUGAGCAAAUUGCUGAAGUCUAUACGACUGGGGAGCCAAUUCUCUAGAAUGUAGCCGCCUGAGGCUUUUACAGAGUAGCUACAAGCGGACAAAGGUCUGCAUGUACUUAUGACUCGCUUGCUUUGAUUAUUAGAUAGGAGAUAAAUAUGUGUACUGGUC